AUGAGUAAUUGUUCUUCAAAAUGUCCUACCCUCCUGUCUCAACUCUCGAUCCCCGCACUCCUUGGUAGUAUUGCGAUGUGACGCUUUCCGGCUGGGGCCUAUCCUCGUCCUCACGCUCACGCACCCGCACGUGAGUUGUGGGAAUUAGAUCCAAACCGAGCUGGUUCCACGCCUAAUUCAAUGAUUUUUCUGAAGAGAGAUAAAACGACGAAGAAGAGACGAGAGAGGAGUAGUAGUUGACAUCGAUUUGACAAGAAGAUAGUACUAACAUAUUACUGCCAAACCAUGUCCGGAAGCGGAGGCCUCGGGUGCGUGAUCGUGGCCGUUGAAGGCAGCGAAGAGAGCAUGAACGCCCUCCGGUGGGCCCUCGAAAAUCUCCAGCUCCGAUCCCCUGCUCCCGACUCAAGCUCCAACUCCGGCGGCCACUUUGUGAUCCUCUACGUUCAAUCUCCGCCCAACAUCGCCACCGGCCUCAACCCCGGCGCCAUCCCCUUCGGCGGUCCCACUCCCAGUGAUGUGGAGGUGCCUGCUUUCACUGCUGCGAUUGUGGCUCACCAGAGGCGCAUUUCUGAGGCCAUAUUGACACAUGCUUUGCAGAUUUGCUCCGAUAAAAGUGUGAAGAAUGUAAAAACCCAAGUAAUGGUUGGGGAUGCAAAGGAGAAGUUAUGUGAAGCUGUCAAGGUUUUGCAUGCUGAUCUGCUUGUCAUGGGGUCCCGAGCCUUCGGUCCUAUUAAAAGGAUGUUCCUGGGAAGUGUAAGCAACUAUUGCACGAACAAUGCAACCUGCGCUGUAACAAUAGUGAAGGGUACUUCUAGACAAGCCAUUCGUGGUUAAACAAGAUGAUAGCACAUAUACAAGGGACAGAUUUGGUCUGUGAUGAAUGCUGCUUAGCUGAGUCCAGAAUUACAUGGCUUAAGGGUACUUGUUGACCAGCAAUUCCUUCUGAUAUGAAUCCAUGCUUUAAUAAUCUCUGGUGAGCAGUUUUACUGGAAGAAUCUGAGUUUGUGAAUAUUUUUCUGUUACUAUUGUUGUACAUUAUUUGUUUUUGCUGUUUCUUGUACAUUUUCACGAGAAAAUUCGUUGUGAUUGAGGGUCCCCAGGCUUGGUUUGUGUGUACUUCAAACUAGACGUUCUCUUGUAAAUUUCUUGAAAGAAUCUUCCAUUUUAUUAUUACAGAAUGGUUUGCAAA